GUAGUACCAGAAACGCGAUUUGGCGACCACUUCGUUUGGUGCAAAGAUACGCAUCCGAUAGAGUUUGGGAGUGGGGACUUCCGGGGUCGGAAGAUGUCGCCCUAUCACCUGGUAUUCGACGAAAUUUGACAUGGGUUUUUGAUACGGAGGGGGGUUUGGUCAAGGUGAGGGAGGCGAGGGUGCCAAAAGAUAACUUACAAGAGUGUCGCCGUUUUGAGGUCGAGUGA